CAUGCGUCACGUGGUGCGUGGGGCAGACAGCCAUUGCUGGGCACAGAGACCUUAGGACCAGAACUACUGGUUAUAUUUUCAUAUUUCCAACCACAGAUCAUGUAAAUCUCACAGUGACCGUUUCUAAGGGAUUCUGUUCUCAGUAGAGCCUGUGUCAUCAUGGCUUGUCCCUUAUCAGGCGAACCCCGGGCUUUGGGGCCUGGUGAAGAUCACCCAGAGUCUGCGUCAGAGACAGGGGCGCCCGUUCGGCCCCAGCCGCCUCAGCAGCACCUUCAGGCGGCGUGCGUGAGCGCUGCCGCCGCGGUCAUGGUGGAGGCUCUGGAUGAUGCAGAGGGGCUCUUUGUAGCCGUGGAGAGAUGUCCGCUCUGCAACACGGCCAGACGCAGACUGACCUGCGCCCGCUGCAUUCAGAACGGCGAUUUUGUGUAUUUUGACGGGAGAAAUCCAGAGAGGUACUCAGAAAAGCUUGAAAGACUACAAAAGCUCAAAAACGAAAAGGAGAAUCUUCAACAGAGAGUCAUCACAGCCAUGGACAAGAAGGUCCAGGCAGACCAGCUUAGAUGGAAAAUCAUGUCAUGCAAGAUGAAAAUCCAGCAACUCAAAGAGGCCAUCUGCACCGGCAAUGAAGAAGUCAAGAGUGGGAGGGAGCUGUUACUGCGUUCCCAGGAGGAAGGACAGCGACUGCAGCGCAGGGCCAGCCGACACCAGGAAAAGAGGGACAAAAUUAAGCGCCAUAACCAACGUCUAGGUGAACUCCUGGAGAAGAGAUCCAAAGAGCUGCAGGGGAGGCUGGAGGUCCUAGCUGAAGUGCGGAGAGAGCACAUCCUGGAGCUCACCACGCACAUCUUCAACAUCCAGGAGGAGAAGCAGGGCAGCAGGGACCCAGCAGAGGCUGAGAAUGACCUUGCUCUGACCUCCAGCACCGUCAGUGAACUGGCAGAGGCGAGGCGAAUCACCUACAGCUCAGGCCGCUGGAUCUGGGACGAUCAGAACGGAGAGACGAGCAUCAGUAUCACCGGGCCACACGUCAUACUUCCCAGUAACGGAGACUGCUCAGCCUAUUACAGCUGGGUGGAGGAGAAGAGUGGAAAUCAGGGGCCAGGUACAGAACUUAUGGAGUUGGACCACAUCAACCCGGCACACACCAUCAGUGCCGCCCUCUGCUAUGCUACUCAGCUCAUCAAUAUCCUGUCUCAUAUUCUUGAUGUCAACCUUCCCAAAAAACUGUGCAACAGUGAGUUCUGCGGUGAUAAUCUGACCCGCUACAGAUUCACCCGUGCCGUAAACAAACUCAACACCAACAUCCUGCACCUCUGCUUUUCACAGCAUGUUGACAGCGAGCUGCUUCAUCCUCAUCACACUUUGAGGAAUAUAAUGUUCCUGGUGUCUCCAGCAAACAAGAAACUUGGCAGAACCGGGCCGUUCGAGGUGAGCGCAGACUUGGAAGACUCUAUGGAGUUUGUGGAACCAGAGGCUGCUGGACCGGCAGAGGAGAGCGGAGACGAGGCUGUGACGGAUGAAGAAACAGACUUGGGCACAGACUGGGAGACGGUUCCAAGCCCUCGCUUCUGUGACAUCCCUUCCCAGCCUAUGGAUCUGUCCCAGAGCGGCAUGCAGGCGUCCCAGCCAGUUGGCAACGCAGGGGGCAUGAUCUCCUCCGCGGCUGCCUCCGUCACCUCCUGGUUCCGCGCCUACACCGGGCAGCGCUGAGAUCCGGUGGACGUGGGGGUGGUUCAGCCGGUUAGACCUAUGCAAACACCCCAUUACUGUCAUCCUCGCUUAUGUCAGCUUGACCAUUGGGAAAAAUAAAGGGAAGUUUCCUCUGACUGCUCAUACUGAAUAAAUGUGUGCUAGAAACCAGAGUGAAGCAUGCGAUCUUGAGAAACAGGACGGAUGAGUGUAGUGAACUACUUUUGCAUUUCUGAUCUUUUGUAGCUCACAUUUUACUGUAGACACCAGUCGACUUUAUCCAGUGUACAUUGCCAAAAAUUUAGUUUGCUCAUCGGUGCAGAAAGAUGCAUCAACGUUCAAAGCAUCUGUUGGACACACUUUUAAGUUUGUUUGAUGGAUUGCACCUUUUCACCAGCUCUUCAAAAAACCUUACUGUGUAAAUGUUGCUGGACUUGUCUGAGAGAAUGGCAAAUAUUAUCGAUGUGUCUUGUUUUAUUAGAUUAUACUUUUACAAGAGUAAUUGUAUUUUAUGGACACAGAAUUUUUUUUUCGCUUUAUAGUUCCUCAACCACUGCAGACCGCUUUGUGCAGAAACAUCCAUUGGGAUAGAGGCUGGCUGUCUAUUUGCUCUUAGGAUUUAUGUAAAAAAAAUCCAUCAUCUUUAAUUGUUGAAAAAUAUAUAUUUACUAAGUUUCACUGUAGAAAUGUUUUAUUUGUAUUAGCAGUCUUCUGCAAUUAAACAAAAUACCUCUCUGAAA